GAAACUUAUAAGAUAGAGCUGCGCGGAAAAUUGAAGAUACUUGACAAGUAAACCACAAUAGGUAAAGUAUGCCCCGAAAAGUAAGAAAGUCUCGAAAAUCUAAAGACAAAUCAGUUAGUUUUCCUUUGAAGUUCGAUAUCAAAGCAGCUAAAGAGGGUAUACCUUCUGCUCUGAAUGUCACAUCAAAAUCUUUGGCAUUGUGUCGACAGCAGCACAAGGAAAAAUUGAAUAAUAUUAUAGAAAGUGUUAUUACGAUGGAAUCGUCUGUUCUUGUUCAAAAUUCGAAUGAAUUGCCAUCUGACAACUUUCCUGUGCUACAAGUGGGUUUUGUUGCACGUGCUAUGGGAUUAAAUCUUACUGAUAAGGAAGUAGAAAAUAUCAUCGAGCUUAUCCGAGGUGAUAAUUCUAUACGCGGAUAUGUUAGUCGUAGACUUCUCGAGGAAGUAAUUCUGGAGGCCUUGAUGACAGGGAUACUUGGUGGACCGGCUUUAGUAGAAAAGGGAAUCGUGAAGGAACUUAAGCACCCACCUUCUUGUUGUAUUAGAGAAGAUGAAGAAACAAUUUUUAGAGCCUUUUGCACACUGGAUUCACAAAAGAAAGGAUACCUCGACGAAGGGGAGCUGCGAGCACUCUUAGAAUCAAAGGGGGAGGUAAUGUCUACCAAAGAAGUUGAUGCUAUGUUUACUGCACUGGUGGAUCAUGAAGCUGGCAUGAUUAACUAUAAAGAGUUAGCUAGUAUUCUUGCGCACGAGUAAAAAAGAGCAGUGCCGCCAAAAAAUGGCAAGUUACACAAUGAGUCUUUUUCGCGUUAUCAUGAAAAAAUUAAAUAUAUUAUCUUGUGUUUUCUGUCUGUACCUUUUCCCUUUGCCCUCAGAACUUACUUGGAUAUGAAAUCUUAUUACUUUUAUAUCCAUUUAUUAAAUGUUUAUAGCUGACAUACAUUAUCUGUAUAUUUUCCUAGAAUUUUGAAUGUAAAAGCAUCAUAGGAGGACGAGCUGAGCAGCAGAA